CUCCUUUUUUACUUGCUUGGCAGCACAGAUAAAUACCAAUCUUUGUGAUAAGUUCUCUGUCGGACACUAUCCUAUGCUUCUUUGGGGCCCACCUUCUAAGUUUGUAUCUGGGAGUUGGAAGCCAAAGCAAGAAAAGAGUGAAAUACAUUCCAUUGAUGAUGGACGGACCGCUGAUCGCUUACUAAACUGGAUAAAUAAGCAACUGGGCAGCUCAUAUGGCUUGGAUGACGAGAAAUAUGAGAAGGAGCAUCUUCACACAAAUAUUUCUGACCCUGGACAGAUUGCACGUGCUGUAUAUGAUGUUGAAGAAGCAACAUCCACUGCCUUUGAUAUUAUUUUAGAGCAGAAGAUGAUUAAAUCAGAGACCCGAGCAUCACUUAUGAAAUUUCUUCAGCUUUUGGUGGUUCAUCACCCGUCGAGAAGGUGCCGGAAGGGAACUGCAGAAAUACUUGUAGACCUUGAUGAUUUGUCAGCCAACAAGGAACUUGCCAGUCUUAGCCAAAAAGGUGUAUUUGGGAAUUAUCAGAUUUGUGGAAAAGAAAUUCCUCGUGGAUAUUGGAUGUUUUGUCGUGGCAGCAAGAAUGAGACUAGAGGUUUUAGUUGUGGGUUGUGGGUUUUAAUGCACUCACUUUCUGUGAGAGUUGAUGAUGGAGAAAGUCACAUGGCUUUCACUGCUGUAUGUGAUUUUAUUCACAGUUUCUUUAUCUGUGAGGAAUGCCGACAGCACUUCUAUGACAUGUGCUCAAGCGUUUCUACCCCUUUCAAGAAAUCUCGUGAAUUUGUCCUCUGGUUAUGGAAUGCGCACAACAAAGUUAAUGAGAGACUAAUGAAGGAAGAGACAUCCCUAGGAACCGGUGAUCCUAAGUUUCCAAAACUUAUUUGGCCUCCUAAACAGCUUUGCUCUUCUUGCUAUCGUAGUCAAAACGCAAAAGAUAAUCAUAUUGAUUGGGAUCAUGAUGAGGUUUUCAAGUUCUUGAGCAACUAUUAUGGGAAGACAUUGAUCUCUCUGUACAAGGACAAGGAACGUCUCGGGGAUGGACAUACAGAUAGAGUUGUAGCUGAAGAUUUAGCAGUUUCGACAAAUGCUGUUGCAGUGCCUGUUGGAGCUGCACUGGCAAUCGCUAUUGCAAGCUGUGCGUUUGGAGCGCUUGCCUGCUACUGGAGGCAACGACAGAAGAGCCGGAAGUAUAAAUACCACCUACACUCCUUGAAAAAUAUUUGAUUGUAAAGAGGAGUAACAAGUUCAUUCAUAAUUCAUUUAAUGGCGAGAGAAAAAAUUGGUGGGGGGGGGAGCAGAGGAGUAAGAAAUAAAAUUACGAAUGAUAUGUAAGAGGAUAUAGGUAUUUGUGUUUCAAGGAAAUUAAUAUUCUUAUUCAUUUUUUUUUCUUUAACACCAACAUUUCAGGCCAAGAAGAAGCUGGAACUGAACUUCUUGUUAACAGGAGAGAUUUGUGUAUAUGAGCAUCAGUUAAAAGAGAUUGAAAUCAGGCCAUGUACUGGAAACAAGUUGAAAGCCUGGAGAGGAUAAUUUUCCAUAUACAUUUCUUCUGGGGUCUCUCUUUCAGAUUGUACAGGUUUUGUUAUUAAAUAUUAGAAGUGUGUCAUAUGAUUAUUGAGAUUUUGAUUUAAACGUCGAUUUUUCUCCCACAUAUGAUGUAUUUUUAUUUUACAGAAAAGUGAACUGUAGCAAUUAACAUGUAAUGCUAAUAUUUCAUCAACUUUUAUCGUAAUCUAUUAAAAGAUUGAUUUUAA